AUGGCCGAGCUCCCCCCGUACGAGAGCGGCGCUGCUGUGGACACUGCCGAUAUAAGCGUCAUCGGGUUGGACAAGCCGCCUAGCGUGGGUGGCGCGAAUCAGGCCGCGCCUUCUAACGCGUUCGCUGGGCCGCAUUCACCAAUGCUAAACCCAUAUGACGACCCUGCAAAUGUCUACGGCCAGCAGCAGAAAUUGCACUACACCCAACGCGGAUCCAGUAACGUCCCGGGAUUAGAGACGCGAGACACUACCGGUCUCGGUGCUGUUGGCGGCGCUCCCGUUGGAGGCACCGCUGCUCCUACAAAUCACAGUCAGCUGCCAGAUGGCGGCAAGGUCGGACCUUCUGCUCAGGAACAUCAUCCUCCUUUGGCCAUAUGGAUCGAGUCGAGGACACAGCCUCUGCAAGUAGGUGCUGUCCCGGCCUCUCCUUCCCCCUCCGACUACACAGACAACAUGUCGAUAUCCUCGUCCAUCAUCCCGCCUUCGUAUCACACGCAUUACUCACACCCCGAUCUUCCUUCGUACCUUCCCGCGCCACCUAGCUCAAACCACGGCUCCACGCAAGAGCCCCGCGCGCCGCCAUCUGCCUUCACAACCAACAGAUCACAUCCGCCCCCGCUGCCAUUUACUAGUCAAGAAGACCAGUUCGCGGACAGUCGAGAACGAGCCGGUGGGGCUUCAGACGGUCGUAGGGUUUUAGGAGAAGAGUGGGACUAUCAAAUUAGCGGGCUUGAUACGAUGCUGCUACCUGAAUACGGCGACAAUGUAUAG